AUGGAUGUCACCGAAUCAUGGAUCCGUUUCGGAAUCCUCGGAGUUGUCGCUAUAAACUUUGCUCAUGUUCAAAAUAUUCGAAAAAUAUUGAACUGAAUAAAAUAUAUUUUAGAUUGGUUUAGCGAUCUAUUACUUUCCCGAACUUGUCAUUUUUGCGGAAGCGAUCGUAUGGAGAUUUAUGAACACUCAAAAUGUAAAAAUUGUGAGCUAAUCUCGAAUAGUUUCCGAUUUCAGGAAUGCUCUAUCUCAGAGCCUUCAUUUUCAGAAGAUCUGGAGGUAGAGUUUAUAGAAAAUUUUUUUAGCAAAAUUUCAUUUUUCGAAGCUGGAAGAAGAAGAAGAAGAAGAAGAGGAAGAAGAAAAAGAAGAACAAGAACAAGAACAAGAACAAGAACAAGAACAAGAAGAACAAGAAGAAGAAGAAGAAGAAGAAGAGCUGGCUUAUCAUCAUGACUCGGUUUUAUUUGGACAGGCAAAUCAUUAUGAGAAAGAGGAGAACGAAUUCUCAGAUGAAGUAAAUCUGUUUUAUCAAGGUGAGAAUGUACUCCGACUAGGAAUCCUUUAUGAAUGUCUUUGUUUCUGCGAAAAAGUCAAUUAAGGAUGAUGAAAAUCAGUUGAAAAAAAAUGAAUCGUUGAAAAAAAAAAAUGGAAAAAAUAUCAAGAGGAUUGAGUCGAGACGGGGAUCGAACUUGGGACCCUGUGGACCGUAGACAGCCACACAACCUGUUGCGCUACGGCGCGCCCCUAAAGUUCUCCUUCUAUUUAGUUUUAAAUUUGGUUUGAAAAUGAUAACCCCUGGCUAAAAAUAUGAGAAGAAGGCUUUUUCAACAUUCCGCCUGGGUAAUUUUUCAAGUUCUCAGACAGUCUUGAAGAAGAACAAGCGGCUGAUCUACCGGAAAGACAAUGUCGACGUCAUGCAGAAGACCAUUCAUUACUUGUCCGAAGGCAAAAGUUUAAAAUCUUAGCUUUAUUUAUAUAAUCUUAUCUUUUCGCAGUUUCAAAGGUUGGACUUCUGACAGGACAACAAUCCGCGAAAGGUCGCAAUCACGUACAAAAGUCCGGUUACGACGGCGACGCUGA